AUGUAUAUGGAGGAUGGUCCCGAACAAACUGCCAAACACAUGAAGUAUUUGAACUCUUCUCUGAUCUGUUAUAUUCGCAAUAAUGGUUGGGUUGAUCUUGUUGCUUAUGUUCUGCCCGUUUCCACCUCCACAUUUCAUUGGUUCACACAGACCUGCACACUCGAUGAAGUUGGCAUGUCGACUGUGCCUGCGCAAGACAACAGAAUAAUUCUUGUCUACAGGCUGGAAUGCUGCGACCCAGGCAAUUUCGCUGAUAACCCCCGCCCGCCGCAUGUCGUCUCGGGUGACCUGGUACCGCCCUCCACACGUUUGCAUGUUCCACUUUCACCGGUUACCCAGAAACACAUCCUCAUAGACCCAGGCAAUUUCGCUGAUAACUGCACCCCGCCGCAUGUCGUCUCGGGUGACCUGGUACCGCCCUCCACACAGAAUCAUCAGCACCAGCGUCAACACCAGCAGGAACGACAACAGUACCCAAACUACGAUAUGACCGAAGAAUGCUACAGACCUCCCACUAAAACGAUCCUGAGCGAAACAGAUCAGCGGCUCCUCCUAACCGUGGACCCCGGCCCAGAUGAUGUUACAAUUUCUCCGGAGCUUCUACCGGUUCUGUUCUGCUUGCACAUGCGUCUUCAGAUUUUCCACACAUGCUUUAUAUGCGCCGAAAUACCUCCCGGAAAAUUCCCGUUGUUUGAAAUGUACUACCUUAUGAGCCCCAAAAAGGACGAAGGCGGUUGUGGGCUGUCGAUGGAUUUCCUUCUCUGUAUCUUUACGAGUCUUGGACCCCUUAAUGGAUUUUUCUUCUUGGGUUCGUUCACAGAUUCAGUUCACAUGUGCUCGUCCAAGGGUGCUGGGACAAUUGGUAUGGGAAUGGGG